AUGCUGCAGCCUGUUCCCGGCCCUCUCAGUUCCGGGCUGCCCCUUAAAGGUGGGGCCUGGGCACAGGAACGACAGGCGUUGCAGCCAAUGGCGUCCCGCACGGUAAACCUGGUACCCAAUCACGAGGCGCGGCUGCGAGGGAACGGCGUGGGAACCACGCCCGGCUCCAGGCCUCCUCCAUGUCAGUGGGCCUGCAGGGAGACAGCUCCUUGCAGGUGGAGAUCUCUGAUGCUGUCAGCGAGCGGAGCGGGACAAGGUGAAAUUCACUGUUCAGACCAAGGUGACAUUGAAUGGGGAGCAGGGGUGUGGUUCCGGUGGCUGCCGAAGGAGGCUUCAGGAGCCCGAGCAGCCUGGCUCACCUGGUGGGCAGAUGCCAACAGAGCCUUUGGGCCUGGCUUCUCAACCUGGUUCUCGCCCCCUGCCCCUCUGAGAAAGAGAGUGUCUCAUCUAGUCUCUGACUGCCUUUUCCCAAGGCCCCAAGUGUCUACCCUCCUAAGGGUGAUCAGGAACACGAAAGCCCCAACUUGGGCCUCACCUGGCAUGUGGGACAGGGGUGGCCCAAAAGUGGGUGCGCAGGAAGCUUGGUGGGUGUCGGACUUGCGGGGGGCAGGGGAGGGGAGACCCCUCAGGUAG